ACAAAACACCUAGUCUUCAGUAGGUCCACCCUUCAUCUUGUGUGUAAGGAGAAAGUGGGGUUGGUCUUACUUUACGAGGCCACAAAACACCUAGUCUUCAGUAGGUCCACCCUUCAUCUUGUGUGUAAGGAGAAAGUGGGGUUGGUCUUACUUUACGAGGCCACAAAACACCUAGUCUUCAGUAGGUUCACCCUUCAUCUUGUGUGUAAGGAGAAAGUGGGGUUGGUCUUACUUUACGAG